GAGUGUGUAUGCUAACUGAGCGGAGGUGAAGAAGAGGAGGAUGAAGCUUGGAGCGGAGGAUGGGAGGAAGAGUGGAGCAAGAGACAGGCUAGCUGUGUGUGAAUGAGUGCGUGAGUGAGUGAGGAAGAGAAGAGGAAGGUCGUCUGAGGGGCCGAAAAAUAUACUUAUAUUUUUGAGGAUAACCCCAGGAGCAUUUCUAACGGAAACUUUAAACUUUUUACCCGCCACAGCUCGGCUUGUUGUGCCGGGAGCCGGCUUUGUUUCACGGGGGGGUGUCUUGAGAUAAAUGAAGGAAUAAAAAAGAACCUCGUCGAUAUUUUUGCCCAAGCAAGGGAUAUCUUGGGACUGAUUUUGAUAAAGGUUGCAAAAGGAUGGCGGCCAACAUGUACCGAGUGGGAGACUAUGUUUACUUUGAGAACUCCUCCAGCAACCCUUACCUGAUCCGAAGAAUAGAAGAACUCAACAAGACAGCUAAUGGGAAUGUCGAGGCCAAAGUGGUGUGUCUAUUUAGGAGACGAGACAUCUCGGGCAACCUCAACACUCUGGCAGACAGCAAUGCAAGAGAAUUUGAGGAAGAGUCAAAGCAGCCAGUGCUGUCUGAACAACAGAAGCACCAGCUCAAACACAGGGAACUCUUUCUUUCUCGACAGUUUGAAUCUCUACCUGCUACACACAUACGAGGGAAAUGCAACGUCACCCUCCUAAAUGAAACUGACGUUUUGGCUGGUUACCUGGAUAAAGAAGAUUGUUUCUUCUAUUCGUUGGUAUUUGACCCUGUCCAGAAGACACUGCUGGCGGAUCAGGGUGAGAUCCGUGUUGGCUCAAAAUAUCAAGCCGACAUUCCUGACAAGCUAGCUGAAGGUGAAUCUGAUAACCGGGUCCAAGAGAAGCUGGAGACCAAAGUGUGGGACCCUAACAACCAGCUCAGAGACCCACAGAUUGACCAGUUCCUGGUGGUUGCAAGAGCUGUGGGUACAUUUGCUCGAGCCUUGGACUGCAGCAGCUCCAUCCGUCAGCCCAGCCUCCACAUGAGUGCAGCUGCAGCCUCCAGGGAUAUAACACUGUUCCAUGCCAUGGACACGUUGCAAAAAAACAACUAUGACCUGGCCAAAGCUAUGUCCACCCUGGUCCCUCAGGGGGGUCCAGUGCUCUGCCGUGAUGAGAUGGAGGAGUGGAGCGCCUCUGAAGCCAUGCUGUUUGAGGAGGCUCUGGAAAAAUAUGGCAAAGACUUCAAUGACAUCCGCCAGGACUUUCUCCCCUGGAAGUCUCUUGCCAGUGUUGUCCAGUUUUACUACAUGUGGAAGACCACCGACCGAUACAUUCAGCAGAAACGGCUAAAGGCAGCAGAGGCAGACAGCAAACUCAAGCAAGUGUAUAUCCCCACCUAUACUAAACCCAACCCUAAUCAAAUCAUGGUGCCAGGAAGUAAGCCUGGUAUGAAUGGAUCAGCAUCCUUUCAGAAAGGACUCAGCUGUGAGAGCUGUCACACGGCCCAGUCUCCUCAGUGGUAUGCCUGGGGUCCCCCGAAUAUGCAGUGCAGACUGUGUGCCUCUUGCUGGAUAUACUGGAAGAAAUAUGGAGGCCUGAAGACCCCCACACAGCUUGAGGGAGCAACUCGAGCUGGCUCUGAGUCAGGCCCUCGUGCUCACAUGACACGUCAGGAGGUCCAGGGCAUGUCACCAUUCACCCGCAAUGAGGGGCGAGCCAAGCUGCUGGCCAAGAACCGGCAGACUUUCAUCUUGCAGACCACCAAGCUCACCCGUAUCGCCCGCCGAGUGUGCGAGGACAUUUUGCAGCCGCGGCGUGCUGCACGUAGACCCUAUGCCUCAAUCAAUGCCAAUGCAGUCAAAGCUGAAUGUAUUAUCAGGCUUCCCAAAGCCACCAAGACUCCUAUAAAAACUAAGAUCGUGCCACGACAGUCACUGGCCACCAUCGUGAAGGAUUUAGCCAUUUCAGCUCCUCUGAAACUGAAGGCAUCCAGAGGGCCCCCAACACCCAUUAACAGGAACCAGGCCAGCCAGCCUCGUGUGGGCCAAAGCUUGCUGGGAAAGAGAGGCUUUGACAGCUCUGCAGGGGUACAGUACCCAGCCAACGGGAGGCCGUAUACUUCAGGCAUGAGGACCACCUCUCAGUCAGUCAUCAAGAGGCAGAAGGUCAGCCAGGGAGAAGCUCCAAACCCUGUGGUGUUUGUGGCUACAAAGGACACCAGGGCUCUAAGGAAACAUCUCACCCAGUCCGAGAUGCGCCGCGCAGCACGGAAACCUCAUCUCCUGGUCCGGAUUAAGCUGCCCCCCCCACCUCGAUCCCUGGCCAUGCCUCCUCUGGCGUCCAGCACCAGUGAGCCCAUUGUUCUGGAGGACUGAGGGAGGAAGGAUGUGGCAUAUUUUUGACAUAUUUUAACAGGACAUGGGGAUUUGUUUUGUUUUUUAGGGGGGUGGGGGGUGCCAUUCAGUACUCUUGUUUUACCUGUCUUCAACGUCAUCUGUCUUUUGCCUGUUUUUUCCCCCCAAAAAGUUGAUUUGUCCCAAACCCACAAACAUUAACACCCUGAUGGCAGUUCAUUUCCACCUAAUUUAAAGAAGCAAAAACACAUCCACUCAAGUCAAACACCUUAGGGUUUGUAGUGUUUUAUUACAGGUCCUUUACAGCCCUUUUUAAUAACACCUGUUUUUAAAUGUAUAAUUUAAAUGCUGAUAUUUUUUCAUUCUGAAACAAUGGUGAUAAAGCACACUUUGUUUUUCCUCCAUGGGUUUGAAUUUCUGUAAAUAGAUGCAUAACUGCCAGGGUAACACUUUGGACUACUUUAGCUGGCCAUAGCUUUGCCCUGAUUUGAAGAUUUAUUUCUCCAUUUCAGUAGCAAAGGAGUUGUCCGUUCCUUACUGUUGCCAGUCGACGGUGGAAAUAGUGGAAGGAAAAAUGAUAGAAAUGUAUGCUCAGCUGACAUGAAUCCAGUGUUCGGUCCAUCUCAUGCUAUUAUAGUUUUGUCUGGUACUACAUCAUGGAGCCACAAACCCUGUCCUAAAGGUUCAUCCUGUUUUUCCAAUGAAGGGACUUAUUAUGUAAGAAACAGAGCACAAACUGAGCAAGAAUAAAGCUUUGAAUUAGAAAGCUCAGAUGAAAAAUAAAAAAAUCAACUGAGCAAGUGUCCAGUGUAGGACGGGUUUAAUGUUUUCAGUCUACAAGAAAACACUGAAAAUAUUUAAAGAAAGCUAAACAUUUGCUUUGUUUUGGCAAAUGUAUUUCACACAGGAAAAAAGCUUCAGUGAAUUAGGUGGAGCGCUAAGAACUGCUCAAACCUCACAGACUUUGUAAAGGUUUUAAAAAUUUAAAAUUUUAGUACCAAUUUUGAGGAAAAUUAAACUCCAGCAAAUCACAAUACACAUUGAAUGAAUCAGAACAGGAUCAAUUGUUGAAGUAAAACCCUACAAGAAAUUCCUCUGCUGUGUCAUUUAAAUUCUGCUUCCAUGAACCACAGCAGAGUAACCACAGGUACAAGUUUUAAAGCAUCUGCUCUGAUGUUGAGACGGGGAGAUUGAAUUUU